ACUUAGUGUAUACGAAGCAAAAAAAAAAAAAAAACAAAAUUUGCCAUUUCUUGUUGUCGUCAUCGAUGGUUAUAAUCAAGUUUUUUUUCUGCUUUUUGUCACAACAUUUUCUUGUGCAAUCAAGCAAACACAUACAUUCAUAUACAAACGAAAAAAAAAUAGAACUAGCUCGAUUAAUCACGGAUUGUAUCAAAUUCAUUUAUUCAUUCGUUUGCCAUCAUUUUUGAAUGAUUAAAACAAAAUAAUCUCAUCAUCAUUAUCAUCAUUGAUAAAACAUAGAUGAAAAUGUAUAAAAUAAUUUCACUGUCGUUAUUAUUGUUUAUCGCUGCCGUACAAUUAACCAAUGGUCAAAUAUGUGCUCGUAUGGGCCGUCAUCUUCUUCAACAUCAAUGUGUUUUAACACCUGAAGGUACGGAAGGACCAUAUUAUCUACCAUAUCAUCUUGUACGUAGUGAUAUACGUGAAAAUCGUCCCGGAUUAACAUUUAAAUUAAAAUUUACAAUUACGGAUAUAACUAAAUGUGAACCGAUUAAAAAUGUUACUAUCGAUAUUUGGCAAUCUGAUGCAUUGGGUACAUAUUCAUCGUAUACGAAAAAUUCAGCAACAACUGUACCUAAAUCUGUAUUACAUGCCGAUCCAACAGAUAAUACAACAUUUUUACGUGGAGUACAGAUGACCGAUGAAAAUGGUCAUGUAGAAUUUAUGACAGUAUUUCCUGGACAAUAUGCAUUCCGCACACCACAUAUACACCUACAAGCCCAUGUAAACGGAACAACCGUCCAUGUAGCACAAUUAUAUUUUGAAAAUAUAAUGAAUAAUCGUAUUGCCCGAUUUAGUCCAUAUAAACAACGUGUUAAUAAAGAAAUACGUAAUGAAGAUGAUUAUAUUUUCCGUCGUGAUAAUGGUGAUGCAACAAUUAUACAUAAUAUACAACCAUUGGAUGGUAGACGUUUAUCACGUGGUCUUAAAGGUGAAAUGAUUAUCGGCAUUAAUCCAACACAUGAAUCAUCAUCCGCUUUACAUGGACGACAAGAAUGAAUGAAUGAUGGCCAUUCAAAAUUAUCGUUUCGAAACGUAUUCAUUGUUUUCUGGAUCAAUGAAUGAAUAAAUGAAAAGUGGUAUAUCAUUUUUGAAUCAUUAAGCCGUAUAACCAACCAACAAUGAAAAAUAAUGAAAACAAACAGACAAUCCAAACAAAACAAAGCAGAUUAUAAUUGGCACCAAUUAUAAUUUAUAUCCUAUCCUUGUACCUAUUCCGAUAUUGUUUUUCUUUCUCACACUAACCACACACACACACACACACACAUUCACUUCAAGAUUUAAUCAAAUAUUUUAGCCCCAAAGCUUAAAUACCAAUAGCCUUGUUGUUAUCGUUAAUCAAUGUUGUAUCAUUCAAUAUUUCACAAUCAGAUAAUUUUUGAAACAAGUUUACACAAAAUGUUUUUAUUUUCUUUUCAAUGAACA